UACUUCCUCCAUCCACGCGCGGUCGCGCAAGUCACGAUUCCGGUAGUCCGCGAACGAACGGAUUUUUACUUCAGAUCCCACUGGAAACUCUGCAACCGGAAACGCCCCACCCCGGAACUCGUCAGCCGGGUCAGCAGCCCCCGCCGCGUUGUCGAAGUACGUCACCAGCAAACGGUCACGGCAGCGUUCGUACGCUUCGCCGUAACGCCCCCGCAAACUCUGAAAGCGACCCAUCGCCAGCUUCUCCAUCCACCGCCAGAACGCUGGCCCGCAGCUUCUCUCCCUAAUCCGUUCCUCCAUCAGGUCUCUUCGCCUGGCACCCGAAACCGCAGAGAGCUCCCCCCAGUACGUGUUCAGAGACUCUUUCAUAGUCGAAAUGAAUUCGGCCACAUCUGCCACCGUCUGCUCAAACACUUCGUCUACCUCGCCCGCGCCCUCGGGCACACCCGCAAGCGGG